UUAUAUAUUCAUUCUGUAUCUGAUAAUCCUGUAUUUUUCAUCCUUGCAAACCCUAAUUUCCAAUUUCCUUCAACCUCUCGGACGAAACAAUACAGAAAAAUACAGAGAAAAAAGCGAAGUCUCAACGCCUUUAAAGUUUGCUUAAUAUUGAGGAAGGUUCUUUGAAUUGCGUUUGUACUAACUUACAUCAUGAGAUUUAAGAGAGGGAGUAAAGUUGAGAUAUUCAUCAACAAAGACGUGCCUUCAUGGAGGUGUGCUGAAAUUGUCUCUGGUAAUGGGCGUACUUACAGCAUUAGAUAUGAUUGUCCCCCCGGUUCAAUGAAUGAGGCAGCUGUGGACAGAGUACCAAGGAAGAUAAUAAGGCCUUCCCCGCCUGCCUUUGCUGUGAAGAACUGGGCAGCAGGGGAAAUGGUAGAGGUGUUUAAUGAUCUUUCCUGGAAAAUUGCUACUGUUAUUAGCAAUAUGGGUGGGAACUACUAUUUGGUUAGAUUGGUUGGAUCUUUAAAGGAAUUGCAAGUCUCCAAGACUGACAUCAGAGUGCGUCAAACAUGGCAAUAUGAUAAAUGGUCCGUGAUUGGAAAGGAUCGUGAAGCUGGAUUUGGGAAGUCUAUUAAAAAAUUGAUUCCGAAUUAUGAUCAAGGCUGGCAAGCAGUUGAACCAGGAGAUAGUUAUUCGGCUGUUCAGAACAAUGAUGGUUGUCUGGAGACUAAUGUUGUAUCUGCUCGAACAUUAAAGAGGGUUUCACCUUUUGGCUCCUCUCGUGCUGAAGCUUGUGGAAAUUCUCGUAAAGUGAUAGUAAUUGAUAGGGAGAGUUUGAGCCGACGAGUAAUGUCAGGAUAUCCUUCCUCCGUACUGAAAAAGGUAGAUGCUGUUGCUUGCCCAAGAGAAAGUUUGGGUAAAAUAUACAUGCAUGCUUCCUCUAAAAAACACUCAAAUGGAUAUUGUGAAAUGGAGAGAAGACAGUCAAAUUUUGUUGUUGAGUAUCUUCGUGCAGGAAGCUCAGAAGCUAAUGAUUCUGAUAGUGAUGCAUGCUCUGUUGGUAGUUGUAGUGUUGGUAGUUACAAUCAGAGUAUGAUGUCUAGUCGAAUUUUAGCAGGUUCUAGUGCAGAUGUAGAUACCCUUAGUAGUGAUGCUGACUCUUUUUAUGGCUGUGGAGAUGAAGAAAAGUGCACUUCUCCUUUAGAAGAGGAUGUUGCAGCAAGAAUACAUAGAUUAGAAUUGCAUGCAUAUCGCAGUACCCUAGAGGCAUUGUUCGCUUCUGGGCCCUUAAGUUGGGAACAAGAAGCAUUAUUGACAAAUCUCCGACUCUCACUAAACAUUUCAAAUGAUGAACAUUUGAUGGAGGGCCAGUGUUGGAGGCAUACAUACCUUGCUUCCAAAAGGUCUAGCAAUGAUGCUGGGGUUUACGGCUGUCCCCUUGACAUAGUAAAUGGUGUGGUGGGACCAUCAAGGUUUUCUUCUGAAGUAAAUGCAAUACUGUGGAAAUGCUACCAUGAAAUUCUGACAUGGAAGGUCAUGUCUAGUUCUGGUCCAUAUAACGCAGAACACUACCGCUCUUGUUUGGUGAUUUAUGUUUCUUUCUUUCUAGUAGUUCACAAACUCCUCUGACCGUAAAUGUUUCUUUCUUGGUAUUGAUUUGGUUUGAUUUAUAUCAUUUCCUCCAAAUUGCAGGACAGGAGCGUGCUAUUGUAAUUAAUUUUACUUGAUGACUUUCUUAGCAAUCUCUUCUUACAAAAGUAAAAAAAGAAAGCACUUCUAUUUACUAGUUGCAUUUCUUGAAUUGCAUACUGGUAUUUUCUACUUCUAAUAAUAUUCCUUCAUGGAUACCUGAGGAGCAUGUUCUGGCACGAAGUUCUUUUGCCAUGAUAGGUUAGAACCUUUAAGAUUGUUGUUCCUUCCCAGUCCUUUACAACUCAAGAUCAAGCUAGAAAUUUUUUGAUUUUAUUUCCUGCUUUCAUUAUUGAAAAUGGAAGGAAUAGACCUGUAAGCAACUGCUUUUGAGAAUAAGAGUGGGUGAAUGCUCGAAAGACACAUUUACAGGAUAUGUACAAACAAUGGCUUCUUCAAUUCUUCAUGAGGAGAUGUCUUUGUUCACUAACUAUACUUGUUUUCAUCAGGUAAUUUCUGUGAUAAUUAGUUUUGUUUCUCUUAAGUCAUAAAGUUUCUACGUACUAAAUGACAGUAUUUCUUCCCAUAAUUUCUAAGUGUCAGCUUUUUCCCAACUCAAGUCAUCAAGCUCCAUUAAAGAGAUGUGAGUUACAUUCUCUUGGCCAGUUGAAUAAACAUUAACAGUCAACUAUUACUCAUGACUGUUGGAUUCUUGAAGGUUGACUAGGCUAGUUUGCAGCUUAUGUAGUACUUUGUGUUGAAAAUUAUCAGCUUGUUCAUUUCUUAAUGACUUGACAAUUCAUCUUUGCAGAGCCACAUCUGGAUCCCCAAACAGCCCCGGGAAGAUGGUUGGAUUUUACACUCAUAAUAUUGAUAUUUGAAUAGAUGGAUAAGAACAUCAUGAUGAUGAAUAUCCAAAAAGUGGACUGCCAGUUGUUCAGAAGAUUAGGGCAGUUGGUACAUGACCGUUGCUGCUUGCUUCGUAUGAUGCCACAUUAUUUUGAUUGUCUGUUGAGGGUAAAAACUUUAGGGUGUGUUUGGUACAAAAAAUAUUUUCUACUUUUCAUUUUCUAAAUUCAUUUAUGUUUAUACUUCAUACAUACAAACCACGUAAGGUAGUUAAAAAUAAAAUUACAUUUAGGAAAGAGAGUUAAAAUGAGGAUAGGUUUGACAGAAUUAGUUGUUCUCAAUGACUUUUAGAAAACUGCUUUUUCUUUUUAGUUAUACUUCCAUUUAUUCACGAACAAGUAAUCAUAGAGGUGUUUACUCAUAAUAAACACAUGAAAACAUAUAUGAAUUUUAGGAAAUAAAAUCUAAAUAUAUUUUCAUGUACGGGAUACACCUGUAGCUUUUAGAAAUCCACUACAAGUUUUAUGGCUUAACUUGUGCAGGUGUGCUAAAUUGUUCUCUUGCUAUUGUCAAAUUAGUCACCAGUAUGCAUCCAUCUAAGUCCAAGACUGAACUGAUCUCAAACUAGAAUUGAUCCAAGAGACUAAUUUUUAGGCUGAUUGGUGAAAGGUGAAAGUUGUAUAGAAAUGGAUAAUAAGUGAUGGAUUUGUAGUGUUUGACUGGAACGCUCAUUCUGGCUGGUGAUGUACUUGUUCAGAUUAACUUGAAGAGCGGAAUGAAGAUGACAUGAAUUCAGAUUUACUGGUAAAGUAAGGCAGUGAGGAUAGCUUGGUGCGUUCUGAUUCUUGCCUGUGCACCUCAUGAAGCAAAGAAUAUAGAAGAAAAGGUAGGUAAGCAAGUUUUCUCACUCCUGGCUAAUUUAAUAGAGCAAGGUAUUUUCAUGUAUGGGAACAACCAGUAGGGAUAAUGAAGGCCAGAGUGUGACAAUCUUGAGAUUCUUUAUCGUGGUGGUGAAGUUUAAAGUGGUGCAAGCAAAAUGUGAUCGUAAUAUGAAUCAUCCUCCCAUGUAAGAAGCAGAUUGCUUGGCAUCUAUCUUCAUAUAAUCGACCAGGGCAAAUAUGCUGCUAUCUAGGUCUUUAGGUAUCACGUAAUUGCAUGUAAAUUAUCAACAGAUAGAUAGAUAUAUGUAUGGAUUUUGGUUGAACAAAUCGAGAUCCAAGACACAAUUAUUCUGCUUCUGUGGAACAUUUCUAGGAAAUUUUAUUCCUUUUCCGUGGAAUUUUUUCUGA